GGGCGGCCGAUUGUCAGUCGCACGCCGGUCGUUGAAUGGAGCGGGUGUGGAGACGCGUACAGGGCGCCGGGCGUCGCGGCGCCGCGGCCCGUUGUGGCUGUCCCGUGCAGCCGUGCCAGUUACACGUGGACCAACGCGCGAAGCGCGGUGGCGGUGGCCGUAAGUCUCGCGGCAGUUCUGGCGGCGGGCCCCAGACCAUCGUCUGCGGCUGUCAGGUGCAACCGUGCCCGGUGCAUCCGGUACUAAUAAGGGUUCGUCGUACGAGACCGGCUGGUGCUGCUUCUACCGCCGCCGCCGCAGCCGCCGCCGCCUCCGCGUUCACCGUCAGCUGCGAUUGUCCGCCGGAAUCGCAGCCCUGUCUGCAUGCACAGCGAGGAUCGGCCCUGCGAAGGGUCAGAAGAUGCGAGUGCGCGGAUCGUUCUUGCCGGCACGCAGCCUGCGGCAUCAGUACUCGUCGCCGAGCGCAAUCUUCCUCCUCCCCUGUCUCCUCCACGCAGUUGCAGCAGCAGCAGCAGCCGUGCGAGUGCGCCGACGAGAGAUCAAACUGCGCCCACACAGGCGGCGGCGAGGCGCCAUGCGAGUGCGAGUGUGGCGAGGAGGCGAAGCCGUGCUCGCACACGAUCAAGACGCGCCGUACGCGCCGCACGUGCACAGACUGCAGCUGCAGUGGCACGCAACCCUGCGGCCACAAGCCGCAGCCCGAGGGCCGCAUCAAGCGAGUCAAGUGCCGCGUGAGGCGCGCCGGCUGCGCGAUGGCACGUUGCACCGCCGAACUCGCGAUGUUGCACUUGCACUGGGAGCUCGCCACCGAAUGUGCGCCCUGCAGGCCGCGCGCGCUCACGCGACGGCUCUGCAGGAGGCAACAGAGCGACAACGAGCUCUACCGCAGCAACAGCUUCAAGUUCGAGCGCUUUGAGCGUACGAAGGACGAAUGCGUCACGCCGCUUCGCAAGCAGGUAUCGUUGUGCGACGAUUACAGUCUACCUGUCGACUUCGUGAAUAAGAGACGCCCUGCUAGCGCUGCGGCUGCAAGCUCAGCGGUGCAAUGGACCCUGCCGAGUCCUACUGUGGAGAACGCGGAAAUCGAGGUUGUGGAACAAUACAGCGACCCUAGAGACAGCAAGAGCAAAGCGUACGUAGAACCGGGAGCGGAGACGUCUCUGCCGACGAUUUACAGCAGAGCAAAUCGCAACUACUGUCGACCGUAUACAGAUCCUUCAGCGUCCGGUUCGUCCUGCGAGGACGACGAGGACGGACGGGCAGUGAUCGUUAGAAAACGCAAAAACAGUAUCUACGCUUCCUCGAAUCGUGCCCCAUCGGCGGACAGGGACACUUUAACUUCUACCGACGGCCUGCUCGUGGAUUGCGUCGCUCUGGUACAUCUAACCGAUCAAUCCCCCACCGAAUCUACGCAACCAGUGCGUCACCCGUCGCCGUAUUACUACGGCGAUCUCUUCAAGGUACCGGAACAGCUGUCCAAAUCGCAGCCGAGCAAGUACCGGAAGAGCGUCAGUCUCGAUGUACCGGGCGAGCGCUCGCGCACACCCGGUAUACCCAAGAGAAACUCGGUAGCCGGUGAUGGAGGCUCGUACUCGUCGCAGCCGCGGCAUCAUCAUCAGCAAUCACAGCAGCCGUAUCCACCGCCACCGCCGCACUAUCGCAGUCAGGAUCUAGUAAGCCCCACGUCGGGGAGCGAGCAUGCUGUCCCAGCCCGAAACGAGAUCCUCUCGUCGUGCAUCAUCACCGAGUGGGAUCAUACUCUCAUGCCUCCUCAUAGGCUGCUGAGCCAUGAUCUGCCUACCACCGUUUGUACUUGCGUCGCAUCGCCUGAAGAGGAGGAGGAUGAGCUAGAUCGACGGCAGCCGCAAGUGGCGCGGCACCAAGUGCGCAAGCUACGACGUACCCGGAGGAUAGACCCGCAGCCGAUACUCGUCGAGAACGAGGACGACGUGGAGGGUGAAGACGAGGGGGAGGAGGGGGACGAGGAAGACGCGGAGCCCGAGGAAGGGGACGAGGAAGGGAUGGCCAGGCAACGUCACCUCUACGAGACGGCCUUCGACUGCAAGGUCAAUCGCUCCGACGAUGAUCUCGAUGACCUCGAUCGCGUCACCAAUCACGCGGUACUGCAUUCUCAGAUACGGAGUGACGGUACUGCGUCGAUGAGUAGAACGAGUUCGUCAAUAGACACAUCGAAACAGCAACAAUCGCUUCCUUACGCCAGCCAGUCAAAUAAAGAUCGACGUAAGGUUGUACUUCUCCGCCCAAAACCGAUUCCGAGCCGCUUACAACAGCAGCAGCAGCAGCAGCAGCAGCAACAACAGCAGCAGCAGCAGCAGCAGCAAGAACAGCAGCAGCAACAACAAUUGCAACAACAGUCAGACAAUAUAUCUAAUCUGUCCCAAGAUAUCGAGUCCCUCCAAAUCAAUUCGAGCGAUGAGAAAACCGGAUCUCCGAGACUACCAGCGCGUGAUUACACGCCGUCACCGCCAUCGACUGCACCCUUACCCGCGAAAUUUCACGGAAACCGAGAUCAUUUGCUGUUGAACAUUCGCAGCGCGCCGAAUUUACCUUCGCAGCAGGAUCAUCCCCGCUUGAAGGACAUGAGAUUACCGGUGAAGUCGCUGUUGCGCGCCAAAGAUUCGCCGCAGAGCAGCGAGGGCAGCAUUCUUGAAAUCAAAAGCCGACCGAAGAGCUUUGUCCCGAAGAACAUUGAUUUUUCGCAAGGCCAUCGAUUUGACAAGGAGCUUAUACUGGAAUUCAAAGACAGGCCCCGGGAGGAAAGGCAACGACCGCGCAGUCUGAUCCGCGAGAACAGACCGAUAAUGGAGUUCAAGGGCAGGCCCCAUGAAGCGGAAAGCGAUAUCGCACGGCCACGAAGAGACGCUAGUCUCUUAGACUUCAAGUUACGUACCUCAAGACGUCGCGCUGGUUAUUCCAGCACGGAAAGUAUGGCGACCAGCAGCAGCGGCGGUAGCAUGGAGUCUAUCAGGAGUAGCACUAGCGAGGGUAACAGAUCGACCAGCAGCUCCGACAGCCGGCAGAGUACCAGAUCACUGAGCUCUCAUAGUUCUGAUAGCGGUAGCAACUGCUUCCAUCAUCAACAAUCGCUAUCUGGCUUUCUAAAUCACCACGCCACAAAAUUGCAUAUCCUGUCGCCAAUCUCCGACAAAUCGUCGCAAGAGCCGGCCUCGGAGACCUCCGACAACAACCGCAAUAAUAACUCACAGAAGGCCUCGCCUGAGGAGAACGUUACCGUGGAGAACAACGUUAUGGCGGGCAACAACACUAACACGAACGCGGUCACCUCGCCCAUGGACACGUCUUUUAAGAAGCGGCGAACGCCGCAGAACAAGAAUCUUAUUAAUCUUGCCCUGCAAUCGUCAUCGUCAGGCGACGCGGAGAUCCAGGGAUCGGACAGCGGUAUAUCCAUUGAGUCCCGUGCUGGUAUCAAAUGCAAACCCUUCGGGUUUCAUCUGUUGAAGCCGCAGCUCGACAAUAUUAAUUUCAUCGACAACGAGCCGGAACUCUCGGAUCUACCCUUUGACAUGCCGAAGCUGCGAAGAAGACGGCUGCUGAUGCAACAGGAUGCCACAACAUCCGGAAGCGCAACCAGUGUGGACCUAAGAGAUCUACCCUUCGACAUGCCGAAACUCAGGAAGCGUCUUAGAUGUACUCAGAGUACCGAAUCCAGCGCGUCUCAGGCGUCGUCCAGUCUCUCGGUACGCGAUAUGGAGCCGCCUCCUUUAUUUGGCGGCGGUCUGGCGCGCCCGAAGAUGACUCUGAAUCUGGAUGCCGGUAGUAACGCGGCGGGAACGAGCGGCGGGAUUCCGGGCGGUCAAUUGGUGCCGAAGAAACCCGGUGGUCUGAGUCUCGGUUUACCGCUGGAAAUCAGCACCGCUCGAAUAUCGGCCGAUCUGGUUGACGUGGAGCUUCCAUUGGAGAGACAAGGGUGGUAUCAUGGCUCUAUCACGCGCAUUGAGGCGGAGGGUCUUUUGCGAGUUCACCAAGAAGGAAGCUACCUGGUGAGGAACAGCGAAUCGACCAAACAAGAUUAUUCCCUGUCCCUAAAGAGUGCUCGCGGCUUCAUGCAUAUGCGCAUCCAGAAGAACGAGGACCUGAAUGCUUACAUUCUGGGACAGUUCAGCAAGCCAUUCGAUAACAUACCGGAAAUGGUCCGUCAUUUCAGCGUGAAUCGUCUUCCGAUACGCGGUGCCGAGCACAUGUGUCUCCUACAUCCAGUCAUAGUUCAGCUUUUGUAGCGCAUCUAUCGUAGCGCCAUUUAAGGCGCUGUAUACCUCUUUUGAUAAUCCGUUUUCUUUUCUCCGCCUCCCCCCCCCCCCGUCGAAUGCCGAAGCGCACGAUUGCAAUGAACGAUAAGCUUGACACAACGCGAACGCGUUACUCUCGAACGAGAGAGUCUUCCGAGCAUUUAUAACGAGAAUGUAGUUGAAACUUCCGCGAAAUUCUCCGUAUCAGUUCGCAUUCUGGUUGAAUAAACCUUUCCGCACGAAGAGCGCCAGAGGUAAUGGACAAUAAUAGCAUUUGACGGGGAAUACCGCUUUUCGCCGCAAAAUGUUAGGGGGAGUACGAGUACAGUACAAAAGUAUAAAACGGACUGAGCGAAGUCGCUCAAAGAUACAACAGUACGAUCGAUCAGACGACAACGUCCGGGUCUGUGCAAUUUGUUGCGAGAGGCCAGUGUUAAAUUGUAUAUGAAAAAUCUCAGGUCGUUCCAAGUUAGGAUACCUGCUCACAAUCGUCUUUUUGACAACAUUUUACUUUCGCAUGCCUGCAAUCGAGUCCAGAUUUCUAUUACACAGAAAAUUAGAAUCUCAAUAGGGACGGUGAAUGCUUAGUCCAUCCCUUCUUCAUUUCAUCUCGGACUCGAAAGCGUAAAAAUCGGCGUCUUACACGCUUCGUCUUCCUCAAAACAUCGCGCAAACCUACCUCAUAGGCGAACGCAUGCAUCACGGCACGAUAUAGAAGCGAGCGUAUCGUAGUGGAUACCAGGAAUUGUGGCAGCAGGAGUCCAGGGAACGAAAUUACCUGAAACAGAUACGAAAUUAUCGUUCGAUAAAUUGAUGACUGUUAAUAACUCUCGUGAAGGAUAAUGAAUAUUAUUAUUCGGAAUAUAUCGACGAUCCUAGCAGUAUACGCGAGAACGUUCUCGAGAUUGUUUUCUCCCGAUUGUUCCUCGAAUCCGCGACGGAUUCUAUGAGAGAAACUUUUUAAAUGCGAACAGAAACGCUGCUUUACAAAACGGUGUAAUUUAAGUAAGAGGGAAAGAGGUGUAAUGCGCGUAUUUAGAUUCACACAGAGUAGAAGCAAUUCGGCGUGGCGCGCGAGCUAAAAGCCAAAAUAAAACUAAUCCUAAUAUCCAGUCGAGAGGCAUAAAACGAGAGCUAUGGGCUGGAUACGCGCAGCGAGCGCGAAUAAAAUGCCAAACUUUACUUCUAAUCGUAAUCAUUUAGUCAGGGUUUAGUUGUCCGUCAUUAUUAAGUGAUUAAUUAGGCUUAGAAUAAUAAGCAGGCGUACGACAGUCAGUUGGCUCGAUACCGUUUACGAGGCGAGGCGAAGGUUUCGUGUAACUUUGUGAAGAAAUUGCGAGUCAAAGAAACUAAUAAACGAGCGAGCUUUUUACGAAACGACGCCAGCGGUGUAGUCGGAAAUGCGAGGAAAAAAAAAAUGGAAAGAGAUGAUAAUGAUCAAACAGUCUGGACCAUCGGUGGCUCGUUAUCCGAGUCAUCCGUCCGAGAGUUCACGGGGACACUCGCGAGAGAUUUUUGCGAUAGGCUGCAACUGAUACAUAUUUUUUCAUGUGAUAUUAAUUUGUUACAGAGAUAGCCUAGUUUCACCUGUGAUCUGUUACUUAAUUCCCCUUGUCCGCGCGCGUCACGUCAGCGCUCUCGCGCGAGCGUGCACGCGAUAACGAUAAUAAAUAAUUAAACUUGCUAUUAUUAUUAUUAUUACGUAGAAACAGCAACGACGCGUCAUUCAGACGCGAUGAUGAGACGUCCGUGGUGUUACAAUAAUUUGUCGAGAUUAGAAAUUCGAUUCGCAGAGGUUGUGAGCGAAUUUUCGUUGGUCGCGCAAGCAAGAGGAAGGUUUUACUUAAUAUUAAGUAGUGGCAUAGGGAACCUACGGCGAGAAGUAGCGAGUGCUAGGCACCGUGUUAUAAAAAACUAUCACAACCGAUAGCUACAUUUUGAUCGUUUGACUGUUUCGAUGUAACGCGAAGAAGCAAGAUAUUAAUUUCUCUAAUUAAGCAGAUGUUUAAAUUUACGAUCGCACGAAUAUUUGAAUUAUGAGAGUGGCACUCUCUACUUUCGCGCCUAAUUAGAUCGAAUGUAAUUCACGCGUCGUACUUUAAGCUGCCAGUAUUAUUAACUGUAAUCGAUAAUGCAUAUCCAUAUAUGUUAAUGUUUAAGACAUUAUAUUGUCUCUAUAGCCCCCCGCGCUCCCAAUCAUUGAAACUAUAAUCAAUAUACAUAUAUAUAUAUAUAUUUAUUUCUCCUAUAUUAUAUUUAUUAGAUUGUGUCGUUAAGUAUGAUAAAGUUUCCGUGCGCCUUUGAUUUAAUCGCGAAAUCAUAAAGCUGUAACCUAUAGUAAUUUUAGACUUCGUACAUCUACGUGCGCUCGCGUAGAUUAAUAAUAACUACUUGUCGAAAGGCAGUACGUAAAUUAUAUGGUAGACACACUAACUUGUAGAUACUUCCCGUACCUUGAAAUUUGUAUGAAGUAGAAUUUAGAUUACGUAACAUAUAAAUAUAUAUUAUUAUAAAUGAAUAUACUAGCGCGCAUAGUUCUCGUUUGUAGAAUACAUAAAGUAAGAUCGAGCAAAAGUGAGUCCAACAAAAUAUCUUGAGCGCUGUGUAUGCGCCCUUUGCGUAAAAAAAGGAAUUCCGGAUGGCGAUGUGCAAUAUUCUGACGCGGUCGCAAUAUUCUCGUACGGCCGUAAACGUGAAGUGCGAUCUAAUAUUUUUGUUUUAGCAAACAGACCACCGAUGUUCCAAAUUGACUUCAAUAGGUAAUCUUGUGUACUCUGGAAAUUUCUCUUAAUAAUAAAAUAACUAAUAACUCCA